AUGGCAUUUUCAAAACUGAUUAACCGUCUGAAGAAAGCGUUUGGUGUUAAGUGUGCGAACGAACAACCGUGUGAGCCACUCGAACCCACCGGCAGCACGACAGAGAAUCACCGUCAUCUGAUGACCGAUGACCCGGCCGUCGCUGCAGGAAAACAGGCAGGGAGACAGAAAAAGAGGAAACUCAAAUUGUCUCCCAUCUUCUUCGCCUGUUUUUCCAGAAGAAGAGCUACUGUUGUUGGUUUCUUCCUCUCUUUAGAUCAGCUAUGUGUGCAGGAGAUCCACGAACUUCACGCAGAGCCCAUCAGUAGCUCUAAAUUCUUCUGCACUGCUGUGAGCAACCUGGAGCUGGAAGUUCUCCAACCUCCAGCUCUUGAUGCUCCAGCAGACGAAGAUUUGGACUUUAAACCUGAAGUGAACAGCUUUGACUCUGCAGUGGUCAUUGAGAACGACUCUGCAGAGCUUCACUUCCCAGAAGACAUUGAAUCCUCCCUCAGUGAGGACAGCCUGGAGCAAGAGCUUGAUAGUCCUCCAAGUUCACCAUCCGAUGAGGACAAUGAAUCUCCAGUGAGCCAGCAGCUCAUAACAGAUGACAUCUGUGACUCUGCCCUGGAUGAAAACUCAAACCCUUUACCGGAUCAGGUCUCACAAGAGGACUCUGCUGUGAAGUCUACAGCAGAUGAUGGGACCUGCUUGGACAAUAAUGACAUCAGCUGCCGCUACAAACUCGGAAAGCAGCUUGGUGAAGGAGGUUUCGGCUCCGUGUAUGAGGGGAUUCGCAUACAGGAUGGUCUGCAGGUGGCAGUUAAAUUUGUCCAGAAGACCCCAAAUAUGCAAGAUGUCAGCUCUUCAUGUGACCAGCCACUUCCUUUAGAGAUCACCUUGGCAAACAUGGCCAGCGGUGGCUCCAGGUGUCCGAAUAUUAUUCAGCUCCUGGACUGGCAGAUCUUUGAAAACCAUUACGUCAUGGUGAUGGAGCGGCCUAGUCCAAGCAUGGACCUGGAGGCAUUCCUUGAAGUCAGCGGAGGAGUCCUCAGUGAGAAAACAGCACAUACCAUCAUGAGGCAAGCUGUUUAUGCGGCCAACGUGUGCUGUUACCGCGGGGUGUUCCACCGGGACAUUAAGCUUCAAAACCUGCUGGUGAACCCCGACACACUGGAAGUCAAGCUGAUCGACUUCGGGUGUGGAGACUUCAUGAUGGAAUCAGCCUACAGUAUCUUCUCUGGCACAGAAGCGUACAUCCCGCCAGAGUUUUAUGAAAAAGGAUGCUACCGGGCCAAACCAGCGACGGUCUAUUCUCUUGGGGUUCUUCUGUUCACAAUGCUCCAUGGAGAAUUCCCAUCAGCGUAUGACCUGUACUACCUCCAACAUGACUGGUCCAAAUUUACCCUCUCUCAAGAAUGCUGUGAUAUGAUGAGGGCUUGUCUGCAUGAGAAUCCAGAGUGCAGAAUUCCUCUAGAAGAGAUGCCUUACCACGACUGGUCCAUGCUGGAGUUCUGAGUCACAUUAGCAGAAUGUUUUGUAUAUUUGAUUUUUCUACAUGUCUGUAAUAAAGAUAUAUUUUAUUGAACUCACUUGUGUUGUGGCUUAUAUUGUGAUCUAGCCCCAGUGUUGUCAGAUUGUGUGGAUUUAAAAUGGUUUUGUAUGGGGUGACAAAAAUGAGGUUUAAACAGCAUCCAGUCCUUUCCAACACACACUGCAGUUGACACUGGCGUCAUUACGGCGCACUUUUAGAAAUACACUUUUUCAGAAUGCUGUACAGCGCUGACCCAAAACCUAAACAUAUCAGUCACUGCGACAUCAGCAAAUCAUCCAUAAAUAUUCCAAUGGUUUAUUGUGAAAUCAGAGCUGUUCAGAAAAAUGUAUUAAAAUACAAACGUCGUAACAUGAGAAUGUGAGACUCAAUACAAAACAUCAGCAUUUUCACAAUAAGAGCACCCAGUUUUAUUAAGGUCGUUGAGUGUUUGUUGCCCUCAUGACAAUCCUAAACAAAAUAUUCAGUGAUAUUCCUUCAAAUCAAUACUGAUAGUGUAGUUUGCACAGACACACUGAGGUUUAUCCAGUGUACAGAAGUCUGAAUCAUCCACAUUAUUUCAUACGCUUCCAGAAACACGUUUACUACACGAAUGUCCAGCGUUUGCUAAAACUGUUCAACUCUUUAGAUGAUUCCUUUCUUACAACAUCUCCAACUAUGACAGCUUCUCAUUACUCACCAUUUCUUAAUCUUACUAAAUACUUGACUUGAUGUCGCUCUGUGGACUCUGGGGUCAUGUGCAGCAUGAGCAGGUCGGCCCCCCGGCGGACCAACACAUUUAAGCUUUCGCUGGUCCUCACAGCAUUAUAUAUCUCCUCCGGCGUGUUCACCUUUACCCCAUUGAUCUCAAUAAUAACAUCUCCUGGCUUCAUUCCG